AUGUUACUUGUAACACAACCCAAUCUUUUGCAGCCUCACUAUGGUACAUCCUACGACGGGUACGUUUAUAAUCAAGAUGGAUUUGGAGACACGGGGGGCCAGCCAUACAGCGGCUCGUCCUUAAGCAACCCCCAACCCAAUCCUUCGCAGCCCCAUGACAAUGGUACAUCCUAUGAUGGGUACCCUUAUGAUCAAGACAGAUUCGGAGACACGGGGGACCAGCUGUACGACGGCUCGUCCUUAGGAACGCUCGGAGCCCCUCAAGAGGGUACCCACGUGCACGGAACACCCUUACCGCCGUGGAUUGAUGAAGCUUCCGAUGGAGGAGUCAGUGUGAUAGACCGAGGGACAGGCUUUGUUCCCCCGGCUACCAAUCUAGCUCUCUUACGGCGAGGGGAAAUUCCUCGAGAAGAGGUCGUUCAUACCCAGGGGCCGGCACGUACUACGAAAAAAUGGAAUACCAGGCCUAACCUACCAGGAACACCAUACCUUGUCCCACAAGCCCCCCGCACCACCACCGAACCACAGACACGCGCCGCAACAUCAUCACAAGCACAAACGACGGCACUACAAAUACCUGUCGCCACCGAACAUUCAGCGCCGACGUUGAAGACUGUUCGUGUGUCGAAUGACGACAUCAACGACGCUGUGAAGGGAGGGAAAGUCCUGAUUGCGCGGGUGAUGUUUACCAAACAUGCAAUGACGCAGAAGCGGAAAAAACGCGUCACUCAAUUUGAGGACGCAAUCAAAGACUCGACACCUCGUUGUUUGGAAGCUGAUGUUGUCAUUGAAAACUUCAUAACUAACGCCCAUCGGAGACAAGUGUCAAACGCAUUGUCCAGUAUACACGGGAAAAUCGCUCAAUUUGCGCGCGACGGUGUCUUCGUGUCAUACAAGCUGUUUCCCCCACGAGGGAGCACCAUCGCAGCAGCACAAACGCAUCGCAUCGCAAUGGUGAACAAACUCAUACGGGGCAUUGAUCCCCUACUCUUCAUGCAUGCAUAUUCUGUGGACGAGCACGGGAAUAUCACCAUUGAUGCCAAAUUUCAGAAUGCGUUUAUCAUGGCUGGCGUCGUUCGUUUUGUGUGGCGCGAGGGCUGCGAAGCCUUUCUUGGUGCCUCGCCACUGAAGGCCAUCAAAUAUGUGAUGGCCUCAGUUGGCAGCGGUACUCACUGUGCAUUGCAGGAACAGCGCUCCGCUGUUAUCACCGUCGACGCUUUUGGUGGUCAACACCACGAAGAAAAAUUCAAGGAGAUCGUGCAAGCGUUCGAUGACCUCACGGACGAAGAAAAACUCGAGUUAGAAAGUUAUUUGCAGUACGUGCUGGAUGUCAGACCAUCGCAGGCAGGCAAUGGAGAGAGCUCAUCCGAUUCUGAAUAA